UAAAUUUCAAAGUUAAAUGAGUAAGUUCUUACAAAAAGUAAAGUAGAAAAUCACCCACGUACGGCUAUACGCCUUAUUAUGAUUUAUAAUCUAUAAGAAGUCUGUUUGUAUUUCGUAGAAUAUACUUUAAUAAGGUAAAAAGAAAAUAUACUUUAAAAAAAAAAGGGGAAGAAUGAAGGAAAUAAAAUCAGCAAAAAUCAAUAAUAGAAAAAACGAGGUUAGAAAAUCACCUACUAGCAAACAAAAAUCCCUGAAAAAUAAAAUAAUAAUAAAAAAAGGAAACACAAUCUCCUAAUCCUACAAGCAAACAGUUCCUUAACAGUUAACACCCUAUUAUAAAAUAUAAUAUACGAUGAGACAAGAGUAAAAACAAACCCUAAACUAACGUACGGAGUACUACACUACUACAUCCCUUGUUUUGUAACAAAUUCUUUCUCCCACUUGAAAUCAUAUAUAUUCUGUAAUUGGUGCAUCACCAUUCACCAGGCAUGGAGGAUUCAAUCUUCCCCACAAGGUCACAUCGUUCAAAAUACGAUCCCGACAUCGAUUCGAUGAGACGACCAAUUAGAUCACCAAGUUCACCUCUACUAAUCACUACUAGUAUUGCGGCUCUAAAAUUAUCGGCUAAUACCAACAAAUGGUUAAGCAAUAAGGUUAAGUCUUCUACAGUUGUGUCUGCUGAGAAGUGCUUAGAGAAUUACAAUAAAGUUGAUUUUGUUUCACUUGGUGGAUUUCUGAAGUCGUGUUUGUGUUGUCAGAAGAAGAUUGCUGAUGAUGACGAUAUUUUCAUGUACAGGAACUUAGAGGCGUUUUGCAGUCAAGAUUGCCGGAGUAAAUACAUAACUGCAGCCGUGGAGAAACAAAAAGGUGAUUGUUUGGAUUCCACAGUCAGUGAAGCAUUCAAGAAUUACGAUGUUACCAAACUAAGGCGUCUAGGAAAGUAGCUAUAUAUAUUUUGAAAGUGAUGCAUGUAGUACAAAGGUUUAGAAUUAUGUAGUCGAGGUCUUGUCUUUUAUAGUUUUAUAGUCUACUAUUCUAGCUCUAGCUUAAUUAGAUAGCAUGUAACUGCAGUUAGAUCCAUGUAUCUGAUUUGUGCGAAUUAACCGGCAUUUUGAGUUUUAGGCCACCCGUCACCAGGCCGGCCGGAAUUAUAUUCAAGAAUACAAGAACCAUAAUUCGUCGAGCUAGCACCAAUGAGUUAGGGUGUAGAUUUCUCUUUAUACACAAACAUGAUGCUUAAUUUAAGGAAUUUGUUUUAAGCACUAUAUAUGCUUAAUAAAGUACUUCGUCCGUGCUUAA